UCCAGUCUUGCAUAUUCCUCACUAGGAACUCAAAGCAACCUUACAACAUGCUGUUUAAGGGUCUUCUUCUCCUUUCCAUCGCCGCUGUAGCCUUGGCUCAGUACGGACACGGAUAUGGUGCUCCAGCUCCCGCAUAUGGUCAUGAUGACUACGCCCAACCCAUCCCCUACCAAUACGGAUACGACAUCGCCGGUGACCACGGUGAAUUCAAGCAGACCCGACAAGAACAAGGUGACGGACACGGCAAUGUCCAAGGAAGCUACAGCUACGUAGAUGCCCACGGUAUCUCCCGACAGGUCGACUACGUCGCUGACGGACACGGAUUCAGAGCCCAGAUCAGAACCAACGAGCCUGGAACCGAAAGCCAGAACCCCGCUGAUGUUGAACUCCAUGCCCAACCCGCCCAGGUCCAUGCCCCAGCACCCGCUUACGGAUAUGCUGCCCCAGCUCCCCGACACGCAUACCGGCGGACGAAUCGACACCAAAUCAUUCUACGCUCUCACUUUCGAACUUGUUUAUUCCUUCGUAGGAAUUUAGCUCCACCGCUAAAAAUGCUGUUUAAGGGUCUUCUUCUCCUUUCCAUCGCCGCUGUAGCCUUGGCUCAGUACGGACACGGAUACGGUGCUCCUGCUCCCGCAUACGGUCACAACGACUACGCCCAACCCAUCCCCUACCAAUACGGAUACGACAUCGCCGGUGACCACGGUGAAUUCAAGCAGACCCGACAAGAACAAGGUGACGGACACGGCAAUGUCCAGGGAAGCUACGGAUACGUCGAUGCCCACGGAAUCUCCCGACAGGUCGACUACGUUGCUGACGGACACGGAUUCCGAGCCCAGGUCAGAACCAACGAGCCCGGAACCGAAAGCCAGAACCCCGCUGAUGUUGAGCUCCACGCCAACCCCGUCCAUGUAGCCCAACCCGCUUAUGGUGCCCCCGCACCCCGACAUGGAUAUGGACCUUAUGCUCUUCUCCUUAUCUCCGCCGCUGCCGUAGCCAUGGCUCAAUACGGACACGGAUAUGGUGCCCCUGCCUAUGGCCACAAUGACUACGCCCAACCCAUUCCCUUCCAAUACGGAUACGACAUCGCCGGUGACCACGGUGAAUUCAAGCAGACCCGACAAGAAAAAGGUGACGGAAACGGCAAUGUCCAGGGAAGCUACGGAUACGUUGAUGCCCACGGAAUCUCCCGACAGGUCGACUACGUUGCCGAUGGACACGGAUUCCGAGCCCAGAUCAGAACCAACGAGCCUGGAACCGAAAGCCAGAACCCCGCUGAUGUUGAACUCCAUGCCCAACCCGCCCAGGUCCAUGCCCCAGCACCCGCUUACGGAUAUGCUGCCCCAGCUCCCCGACGACACUAUUAA